CACACGCGCGCUGUUCACGCACCGGCCGCUCCGGGGAACCAUGCGUACCUGCCUGGAUCUAUUCUGCCAGCCGAACCAUCCGGAUUUUAGCAGCAGCUGAUACCGAGACUCGGAUACUCGCACUUGAUCCUGUUGGAGUUUCUCACUGGUGUGGAGUGCAACGCGAAGUCACCCACUCCUCUUUUACUCAGGGUUUGUUGGACCGGGCCGUGUCAUGACAGUUGACGCCUGAGCGACAAGUCGACAGGUCCAGCUCUUUGCAUCAGUGCGCGCGACGCUCUUGUCCAACAUGAGGAGUAGCUCACUCGGUGUGCUCGCUGCCUUGCUGCUCUCUCAGGUCUGCUCCGGCAUCAGAUGGCUAGCAAUUUCACACACGCCGGCAUCGGUGUACGUCAACCAGACGCAACACUGUAAGAUGCUGCCGGGACUGGUGUCGUCGCAGGCUCAGCUGUGUCGCACUAACAUGGAGCUAAUGCAGACCAUCAUCCAAGCUGCACGCGAAGUCAAGAAGACUUGUCAGAAGACCUUCGCAGACAUGCGCUGGAACUGCUCCUCGAUAGACAUUCCCAUCGAUGCUCCCAAGUAUCGACCGGACCUUGACCGAGGAACCAGGGAGGCGGCGUUUGUGUACGCCCUGUCUGCAGCCACCAUCAGCCACACCAUCGCGCGGGCGUGCACCUCUGGAGACUUGCGGCUGUGCUCGUGUGGACCUAUCCCGGGGGAGAUCCCGGAGCCGGGCUAUCGCUGGGGAGGCUGCGCCGACAACCUGCACUACGGUCUCAUGAUGGGCUCCAAGUUCUCCGACGCGCCCAUGAAGAUGAAGCGCUCGGGGUCCCACGCUAACAAACUCAUGCACCUACACAACAGUGAAGUAGGAAGACAGGUUUUGAGAGAGGCCAUGGUGAUGAAGUGUAAAUGUCACGGCGUUUCCGGCUCCUGCUCCAUAAGAACCUGCUGGAGAGGCCUUCAAGACCUGCGAGAGAUCGCCAUGGACCUGAAGACCAAGUACCUCUCUGCGACCAAAGUGGUCCACAGACCCAUGGGGACACGCAAGCAGCUGGUGCCCAAGGACAUCGACAUCCGGCCGGUGAGGGAGAACGAGUUGGUCUACCUGCAGAGCUCGCCGGACUUCUGCACCAAGAACGACAAGCAGGGAUCCGUGGGCACGCAGGAGAGGCAGUGCAACAAAACCUCCAUGGGGAGCGACAGCUGCGACCUGAUGUGCUGCGGCCGGGGCUACAACCCGUACACGGAGAAGCUGGUGGAGCGCUGCCACUGCAAGUACCACUGGUGCUGCUACGUCACCUGCAAGAAGUGCGAGCGGGUGGUGGAGCGCUACGUCUGCAAAUGAGCCACCCAUGAACCCAGAGUAACCAAAGCACUACAGCUCCGGCGACUUGCUUGUUUCCAGCAACAAGAAGUGGCUGAUUCUUUUAGCCUUCUCCAAUACUCAUUCAGGUGUCUGCUUCUUUUGCUUUGCAAAACAAGGGGUGUCAGUUUUUGUGGAGCCCGCCGUCCUUCUGGGUGUUUCCCUCUUUAUGACCAUGAUCUCCACUAUCCGGGACUGAAAUUCUAUUCGUCUUUUUGCCUAUAAAAGUCAAGCUUGGAAGCUGCUGGGAAUCUCCUUCCUGUUCUUUCCGAGGACAACAACACGGAUUUGGGUGGUACUUUUUUAUUUUUGGUACUGUCACUUUCCCCCCUCAAUGGACUACAGAGGAGCAAAGGAAUCAAAGGGAACUUCAAGUACUUCACGAUGGAACACUCUAAAGACGCUGUGGGGACGAUCCGCGGCGGGGUGCUGCUUCAGUGGAUGGAGCGGAGAUGAACUGACGCAGUGUCUCUGUGACGCCUGGCAGGCAUUUAAAAGUAUAUUCUGUUUUUCAGAGCAUAUGAACCGAUGGAUUUUUGUAGACCACUUUUCUGUGGAUGUACAUACUCUUAUUUUGUA